CUUCUGUUCUCUCACGAAAUGUUUGUGUCGCGCUUCGGAGACUACGUGUCAUAACUUGAUUUUAUGCCAGUUGCGGUCCAUUCUGUUGUGCUUCACGAGGCUACACUCUAAGAUAUCGUUGCGUUUUCUUUCUGCUGAGCUGACAUACAAAGAUCUGCUCUCUCGCUAAUCCGUAUUGCUAAGAGACGUUACCACACCCCUGCAUUUAGCCUUAAUAGUCGGAGACCAAGUAGGAGAAUCCGUAGGCAGUCAGCGUGAUGUUUGCCCCGCUUCCAGCUCUGAGCUUCACGCCACAACAGAUCGCACAAGUCUGCGAAACUCUGGAAGAAAGCGGUGACAUCGAGCGGUUGGCCAGAUUUUUGUGGUCCUUGCCAGUGGCCCCUGGAACGUUAGAAGCCUUGAGUAAACACGAAAGCGUGCUCCGAGCGCGGUCUAUAGUGGCAUUUCACAUGGGAAAUUUCCGUGACUUAUACCACAUAUUGGAAACUCAUCGCUUCGGCAAAGAUUCGCAUGCCAAAUUGCAAGCGAUGUGGUUAGAAGCUCACUAUCAAGAGGCUGAGAGGCUUCGAGGGAGACCGUUAGGACCUGUCGAUAAGUACCGCGUUCGCAAGAAGUUUCCUCUUCCCAGGACAAUUUGGGACGGAGAGCAGAAAACUCACUGUUUCAAAGAGAGGACAAGAAGCUUGCUUCGCGAGUGGUACCUUCAGGAUCCUUACCCGAAUCCAACGAAGAAGCGCGAACUAGCGCAAGCAACCGGUCUUACACCGACACAAGUUGGCAACUGGUUUAAAAACAGAAGGCAAAGAGAUCGAGCCGCAGCAGCUAAAAACAGAAUGAACCAACAACAAGGUCAACACAUCUCACAAUGCAAAGGCAGCUUUUCCCCAGAGGGAAAAGCUAUGGAAGACUUUCGCGGGCUAAAAAAUUCACCGAUUUCAAAAUCAACAGACGAUCUACGCAAAGGCGAGUGAUUCUCAGGAAAAAUGUAGAAAUCAACGCUUUUGAACAAUUAAAGAGAAGCAGAGAGAGAUUAUUUAGAAAAUAAAUUGACGCUAUGGAUGACGACUAUUUAAUAUCGACUUUUUGAAGUCAAGAGACUAAAGCGCCCGGCCUUCUCUCUCAAAAACUGGACAAAUGUAAGGGAAACUAGAAGAGCACUUCGAAAAAAAGCUACUCUAAGUUUAUUGUCAAAUUUUGAAUAGUUGUACAGAGAUAUAACGUUGUAAAUGUUUAAAUAUAUAAAUAUAAUCUGCAUAGGGCGCAGAACUUGUAACAUAAGAUAUCUUCGUACAGGGCUGCCCUGUUUGUCUUUAUGUGGCGAACGAAAAAAAAUACAACACGUUGCGGCUGACAUCUUUCUGUUUUAUUGUGCGAUCUUCUUCGGUCGCCAUUAGUUUAAAGAGAAGGAGUGAAAAAUGAAUAUAGUAAAGUUGUUCUGACACAAUAAGCAUUUA